AUGACAAAGUUAAUCAAUCCUAGUAAGGGCGAGAGUGUAGAUCGAACGUCUCCGCCCACAGAGACGACCCCGUUGGUCCUGAAUGGGCUCAACGGUGCGCUGCAACAACGGCCGUACACUGACACCGCUUCUGGUGGUGGUGAUGGUAGUAGGGGUGAUCUUGAAAACCUCUUGACGGGUGGUGGUGGUGGUGGUGAACGCCGGCCACCAGUAGCUAAUUGGGCAACCCUGUCGCUAUAUUACCGCCUUCAUAUCUUGUCGUUGAUCUUGUUGGUGGUCAUGGCGGUGUCACUUGUGUUGUACGCGGUGUUUGCCAACCUUGGUGAUGCUGUUCAAACGUCAUUCACCUCCACCAUCACGGCGGUACUGUUGGUCGGACUCUCGGACCGUGGCGUGGCAUGUCAUGUCGAAGGGUCUACCGUGGUCAACUACGAUCAAGUCCCUCUGUUCUGGCAACGACAUGCGCUUCAAUUGGCCACUGCCGUCGUUUCGGGACCACUUCUUAUCUCCUCAAGAGACCCCAUCAAUAUCUUUUUAAAGCCCCAGGGUGAACCGGAGUACAUCCAGUUUGUGGACGUGGCCACGCCGCAGUUUGCCCUCAACAUCAAGAACCAUCAGACCACCCCAAUAGACGUCCUCACCGACUCCCAGUUGAACCCGGCCAAUGCCCUCAAGCUCUCACGGUACUUCUUACAAGAACACGCCACCUUUGACGUCAAUGUGCAAUUCCUUGCCGACUUCCAAUUGGGCAUGUUGCACAUUGCCGGCGUCCCGGUAGACUUUGUCACCACCGUGGAGAUGGACCGAGGCAACCCAAAGUUUGAGGUUCAGGACUGGCUGAUGGAUACAAACCAUGAAAGUAGCACGGUCGACUACAACGCCACCGUGGUGGUGACCAGCUGGCUGGAGAAUAAUUCGACUCGUGCGGUGGAAUUUCUGUUGGAUCCCUUUGAAGUUUCUGUGGCCUUGCCCGAUUGUCAGGGACAUUACGUGACGAUGAGUGACAUGAAGGUUGGUCCCUUGCAAGUGCGACGUGCCACCCCCUUGGUGGUGGAGUUGAGUGGACUGGUGCCGCCAAUUGACGAGAGAUUGUCCAGAAAGUGUGGGGGUGAGAGUCCAAUCGAGAAGAUGAUCAGAACUGGUGAGGUGUUUAUAUCGAUGAAGGGCACCGGUGGAGAUAUCUCGUUGAAAGAAGAAGGCGUGGCUUUCAAGUGGACCCAGACCCCGGAAAAUGCCGUACACCGACUCCCUCCCCUGCGGGACUGCAAGCCGCUCCGCUGGCCCCUGCCCGGGGAGGGCCACUGCGUGGUGCCUGGUGUUGUGGAGUCAACUCUUGACCAAAUCUCAGAUCCGCAAGAUUCAUCAUUAUCUCUCCCCUCAUGGCUAAUCAACCUCCUCCAAUCAAUUCAUAUCCCCAUCAACCUAUCGCAUUGUCUCUCCAACCACCCGCUCUCCCCCAUCAUCUCCAACGUUCUGGUCAACUCUCUCUCGAUCCACAUCCCAUCUGAUCUCCCUCAACUCCACCUCGCUUCAAACCUCUCCUUGAGUCUUGCUCUCCCGGAAUUACCCUCAUCAAACCUCCCCGAGAUCUCUAUCCCUCAAUUCUCCACCGCCUUAUCCAUCUACCUGGACGAUGGAGAACUCAUCCUCUCGGGGAAAUCUCUAUCCCCGAUGUCCUCCCAUCAAUUAUCCAACACCACUCCGUUCAACAUGUUCCUUAGUGUCACCUCUUUCUCCCUAUCGAUCCCACCUUCAUCCCUGGACAGAUUCCCUGCCAUCAUCAACUCGUUACUCCUUCAUGAACCGGUCUCCUUAUCAAUCUCCCUAUAUAACCUCACCGCCAAUGUCCUACUCCCACAACUCUCCAAUAACUUGCUAACCCUAACAAAUCUUUCCCUCAGCAACAUCCCUUACCAACUCAACCUCCCAGAGAAUAACUCCAACUCAACCUUGGCCGACCUUGUGGACAUUUCACUUUCCAAUAUCACCCUUGUCUCGUCCACCUUGACUGAAUUAACCGUUUCCCUUUCUGUACAUCUCCAACUUCUCUCCCCACAGAACCUUCUGGUUGAAUUCCCCUUGGAAUUGUUUGAAUCGAGUCUUUAUUUCGACUCAAUGGAGAUUUGUAAAGUUUCCUUGAUUGACCCUCUCCCCACCAAUAUCACCAAUUCAAUGACCUUAUCGGUGGAAGUCACAAUCUUGAACACACAGGACAAUGAGUUGGCACUCCAACAACUCAUCAGUAAGUUUCUCUCCGGAUUCCCACACAUUGAGGUGGACAUCUUGGACAUUAGGACCAUCAUCACGGGUAAUGAGAACCUUUCCAAUAUCUUUUCCACCAUAGAAUUGUACAACUUGACCCUACCAACCAUUGGUUUCCAAAGAGAUGCAAUAUCUCUGACUGAGUUAAUACAUUCCUUGGGCUCGGGAUCCCCAUUUCUAGUCGAUGCAACCAUCUACCUUCUCAAAUCAGAAAUAGAAAUCACCGUAUAUAACCCAUUGACCAAUUGCAACAUUGUGGUGGAUUUGGCACUGGUGGUUGCCACAUACGAAGGCUCGGAACUUGGUCACAUUGGCCGCCAUCAUAUGGAUAUCAACCCUGGAUUGUACACCCUGCAAAGAAUCCCCUUCACCAUGAACAAGGGCGUUGGUCUGGACAUCCUUAGACGGGCCCUCAAUGACCAAUUGGCCAUCGAAAUCAUGGCUCUGUUCCAAGUUUUGUUCAAGGACCAACCGUUCCGGUCGUUGGACUUGUUGUACAAAGGAUCUGGGUUGAAGACAAACAUCAAAUUGUAA